CGAAAACCAUGAUUGUCAUCAUUGUUAACUGAACGUCAUCUCGGUCUUCGCUUGACCGAGUUCCCUGAACAACGAUUGACCCGGCAGUUGAGAAUGACCAAACCAACUUCGUACAUCAGCUUUUGUAGCAGUACACAUAAGCGCUUGUUGUCAUCGCAUGUACCAGUUCAAAAUCUUUCAAGAAAUUGAUUGAACCGUUGCCAAGAUGAGGCUUCUCUCAGCAUUUCCACUUCUGUCGCUUGUUGCCCCUGCUAUCUCAAUUCCAUACGAACAGUAUAUUCUCACUCCCAAGACUCGUACGCUACAACCUGUCUCUGUUCACAGCAGCAAUGGCUCCGUCAGCGACCCAGAAAGUCUUCUCGGCUCUUCAGGCAGUUCGGUUUUCGAAGGCGUCUCAGCGACUGCUUACGACUUCGGCAUUAACAUAGCAGGUGUGGUGAUGCUGACGGUUGGUGGAGUAUGUGGGGAAAAUCAAACUAUCGGAGUGACCUUCUCGGAAAGCAGUUUUUGGGUCAGCAAUAAGAGCUCUGAUGCCACCGCAGAUGCCGGCAAGGAUGAAACGCUCUGGUUCCAGAUUGAUGGACCUGGUCAAUACACAGCGCCGAAAGAAAAACAACGCGGUGGCUUCAGAUACAUGACGCUUGUUCACAAUACGACUGGGAGUGUCGAAGUCACUGCUGCUGAGGUCUACUAUACACCGAUGCCUCAUUGGGAAGAGGAAGAGCUUGGUAAUUACACGGGCUACUUCCACUGUGACGAUGAAUUGUUGAAUCGCAUAUGGUACGCUGGCGCAUACACCAACGAAAUGUGUACCAUCAGCCCGUCCACCGGUAAUGCACUGGUUCAUCUCGGCAAUAUUACGUCUGCUAUCUCAGACGCCGUCAACGUGACUUGGUAUUAUAACUAUACCAUCUCCAACGGUACGUCUGUGUUAGUCGACGGUGCGAAGCGCGACAGACUCGUUUGGGCUGGUGAUAUGGCAAUUGCAGUGCCGGGAGUCGUUGUAUCAACGAAUGAUGUAGUAUCGAUUGAAAACUCAAUCAACUCGUUGUUUGCUAUUCAGAACACGACGACUGGUCAGCUACCAUAUGCGGGUCGUCCGUUUUUCAGUAUUCUGAGUUUCACGUAUCAUCUGUAUACGUUGAUCGGUGUGGCAGAUCAUUACUUGUACACUGGGGACAUUACGUACCUUCAAUCACUCUGGCCGAAAUGGAAACUCGGCCUGAAUUUCUCCUUAAGCUUCAUCGACUCCACCGGGCUAGCAAAUGUUACAUCGGCCGCCGACUGGCUUCGUUUCGGAAUGGGCGGCCACAAUAUCGAAGCAAAUUCUAUUCUCUACAAUACCAUCAACCAAGGAAUUGCGCUCGCCACGGCACUUAACGACACAGGCUCGAUCUCCAACUGGAGCACCAUUGCCGGAACCAUCAAGACCGCUGCGAAUGCACUACUCUGGGACGAGGGAUUGGGAAUGUACACCGACAACGAGACUACGAUCCUCACUCCUCAGGACGGUAACUCCUGGGCCGUGGUGGCAAACAUCACGCAGAACUCAUCACAAAUCGAUUCUAUCUCUUCCCGUCUCGUAUCGCGCUGGACACCUUACGGCGCGCCUGCUCCUGAAGCAGGUGCCACGGUCUCUCCCUUCAUCUCGGGCUUCGAACUGCAAGCUCAUAUGUUAGCCUCCAACGCCUCCGCCGCGCUGGCACUCAUGCGCCUGCAGUGGGGCUUCAUGCUCGACGACCCGCGCAUGACGAACAGCACGUUUAUUGAGGGGUACAGCACGACAGGUGAACUGCACUACGCACCGUACAAGAAUGACGCGCGAAUCAGCCAUGCGCAUGGGUGGGCGACGGGACCAACGUCUUCGCUUACCUUUUAUGUCGCAGGUAUCCAGUUACUGACUGCCGGAGGUGCGACGUGGCGAAUUGCUCCGGAGAUGGGAGACCUGAAAGAAGUAGAUGCAGGGUUCAGUACAAAAGUGGGCUUCUUCAGCGCGAAAACGAGCGUCAGUGACACCGGACUUGAGAUGGAGUUUGAGACCCCGGAGGGGACUACCGGUGAAGUUCACGUGCCGAGUAUGGGUUGUGCUGGGAGUUUGGAGAUGCUGGAAGAGAGUGGAAAGGUCGCGGCCGUUGUGAUGGAGGUCAAAGAUACGGCUGCACCGGUUGUUGUCGCGGGACUUCAAGGUGGGACGUGGAAAGUUACAUUUGCAUGUGCAGCGUAGAGCAGCAUCCCAUUGUCACCAAAAUCGGUGCGU